GAUCACGACAGCUGCCGCAAACGCGACACGUCGCCGCCGCAUCCCCCUUGCCUUCUGUCAUUAAACUCCUCCUCCCCCGCAGCGCCUCCAAAUAACAAACAAACAACAAUCGCCAGCAAACGGUAAUUCCCCACCAACCACAAAACCCACCUAUGAACCCACCACAUACCAAUUGCAUUUCGUAGACCGAACGCGCAGAAGCGCGCUGUGAUUGGUGGGCGCGGGCGCGAGGUGGCCCAACGCGCGCCUCCCAUUGGUCAGCGUCUGCGCGCGCAGCCAACGGGCACGCGCUUCGCUCCGCCGCGCGCUUAAGCGCUCCAGUAAAUACAAACGGUGGCAGCGGAUAGCAACAACAAGCCCCCCCAACAUCGACCCAUCGUCGUCUUUCUCUCGCCGCCGUCGCAGUCACCGCCGCCGUCGUCGUCGCCGCUUCUCAUGGAGGACUGGGCGCUGCUAUCGCUCAUCGCGGCGCUCCUGCUGCUGCUGCUCGGCUCGCUGGUGGGCGUAGCGCUCCACUCGGGGCUGUGCGCCGCCGUGGUGGUGCGUACCGGGUCUCCGCCCGUGCGCGGCCUCACCGUCGCCUACAAGUACUGUGUGGGGCCCUACCGACAAAGCGGCCGCCUCUACACAGAGGCGGCGAGCAUCGCGCCCACGCUGCGCUCCAUAGGAGUCUACUACGACGACCCCGCGCAGGUGUCCCCAGAUAAGACCCGCUAUGCCGUGGGCAGCAUCCUGAGCGAGGGAGGAGAGGCCCCGUCGGAGGACCUGUGCAAGCUCUUCGAAAAAUUCGGCUUCCGGAUCGUCUCCUUCCCGGAGGUUACGCACGUGGUGAAGACCACGUUCCCGUACACCACCUUCCUCUCCAUCUUCCUGGCCAUCUACAGGGUCGGCCCUGCGCUGGGCAGCUACAUCAAGGAGCGCAAGCUGUGCGCGCACCCCUGGGUGGAGAUCUACUGGGACGAUGUCAUCCACUACUUCUGCCCGCUGGCCAAGCAGGUGCAGUUCUACGUGCCCGAGAUGGAGGAGGCAGCGCGGCAGCAGCGCGAGGAGGCGCCGCGCGCAUCCGACGAGGCCACGGGAGACACGUCGAGCGAGGCCAGCUCCUUCACCUGCGACUCGGGCACCAACGCCACGCGGGACAGCGUCUCCACGGUGACGCGGGACAGCGUCUCCACGGUGACGCAGGGCAGCGAGAGCCAGGCCUUCGCUCCCCGCGGGCCGGAGAGCGAAAGCGGUGACAGAAAGGAGGAGGACGAGGGGGAGGAUUACGACGAGGAAGCGGGCGCAUCGCUGUCGGCCUUAGCGGCCGCGGCGGCAUUGGCCGCGAGCAUCGGGGCGGUCGGCAAGGCGGCGCGGGACGCGGACGGGGACGACAACAGCGACCGGAGCGAGUCGGGGGCGAGCGGAUCCUCCUUCGAAGAGAUCACCGGAGAGGAGGACGGCGACAAGACGGAGGCGCGAGCCAAACCCGCGACCCCGCAGAAGGACACCGCAACGGAGCCUCCCGAGCUGCCGGAGGUGCUGGCUGAGCUGUAGGAGCGUUCUCGCCUGCUCGCCUGCUCGCUCGCUCGCUCGCUCGCAACGAGCACAUGCGCACACACACGCACACGCACGCGCGCGCACGUAUCUCCAUCGCAGUUAAUUUUCGCAGGGGACGAGUUAGAAAAUUGUAGUGCGUAUACCUGCUUUUUAUUGUUUAAACGAAACUGCAAAAUACAUUUUUUGUCAGUCUUAUUUGCCCAGCGAGUGAGGGUCUUGCUUACAAUGAUGUUGAUGUGCCAGCAAGGGAUCCUAAACAAGUUCCUAACAAGGGAUACUAUGCUCACACAGUGUCUCUUAGAGAUUUCAACUUUGAGAUCUAUAAGAGACACAGAAUAAUACCUUUCAAUUUAUGGGGUUAAUGUAACAAAACAUCAAUAAACCCUUUCCCGUUCCAAGACGUCUGCAAGUUGCAGGGUGGGUCCCGCUCACCGCUGAAUCUCGGAACGUGCAAGCGGUUAGCGUUAA